AAUCAUUUUGAAGAUUACGACUUUCGAACAACACCUAUUUGUCAUUGCUAGAUUGGUCACUUAAUUUUGUAUGUAAUUUGUUUAAACAUUGAAAUAAGUUAUAAAUUUAUUUUGAAAUGACAUCGUAUGUACGAGCAAUGUACGAUUUCUCCGGUGAGCCGGGUUCGUCGGAGAUUUCAAUAAACGUUGGUGAAGUCCUAGCUGUUACUCGAACGGAUGUCGGCGAAGGUUGGUGGGAGGGAAAGAACAGCAAAGGAAAGGUUGGCCUCUUCCCAGCAGCAUAUGUGGAGGUGCUGUCGGCCGCUGAGGCGCAGAAACUCAAUAAUCAAGCUAACACCAAUAUUCCCGCCGCAGUUCCUGCGAAUACUGCAAACUCAACCACGACUGCCACUACGGACACAAUACAUCGGUAUGAUCAAAACGCUGACGAAUAUGACGAUUGGGAAGACGACUGGGAUGAUGAUAACGAUACUUAUUCCGAAAUAGGACCCAGUGGUGCGGCAAAGCCUGCUACCAAUCAAGCUGCUUACGCCACUACACUCACACAUUCCGCUAGUAACUAUGACCAUAAAAAUCUGCCCGCAGCACCUAUGGAUGACACUAUGUCAUUAGCUUCAACAGCCGCAUCGAACAACACAGCUACUUUAAAGAAGUCUGGUAUGUUCGGCAAAAGCUCCGAUUCAUAUAUACUAGGCUUGGGGAAUAAAGAGAAACUAUCUGAUCACGAGAUUGUACAUAUAACGAGUAUAGAUAAUUUCUUUUAUUGGCAAAGUAAUCAUCAGUCGUAUACUGUAAUUGUGGCCAGCCCUAAAAAGGAGUCUAAAUUUAAAGGAAUGAAAACUUUUAUUGCAUACCAGUUAACGCCAAGUUUCAAUAAUAUAUCUGUAUCAAGACGAUAUAAACAUUUUGAUUGGUUACACGAACGUUUGGUGGAAAAGUUUUGCCUCAUUCCCAUUCCACCGUUGCCAGACAAGCAAAUUUCUGGCAGAUAUGAAGAGCAAUUCGUGGAGCAUCGACGUGUUCAGUUACAAGAGUUUGUGGACUGGGUGUGCCGUCAUCCAGUAAUGUCACAGUGUGAAGUAUGGCAUCAUUUUUUGACUUGCAAUGAUGAUAAAAUGUGGAAAUCAGGCAAAAGGAAAGCCGAACGAGACACAUACGUGGAUGUCACUUAUUGUUGGGCUAUAUCACCGCCUGAGAAGACAUUGUUGCCUUCACUUGUAGACGCUCAAAUGGAGAGUUGUUCACUGUUCACGCAUGCGAUGGAUACUGCAGUUAGAAACCUUUUGGCAUUGUCCAACGAAACAGCGAAACGUUAUCAAACACAAUGUAAAAAAGAAUUCCAACGUAUAGGUGAUGGUAUGUCAGAUCUAGCGAAGGCUUUGAACAUUGAUGAGCGUCGAGCACCUUCAAAAACAACGCCGUUAUCGGAAAGCGUGGGACGCGUUGGUGGUAUUUUCAUAGGCAUUGGACAACUAUUCGGUGAUCAGCCAAAAUUAGACUGGAUACCAUUUUCCGAUCGUUUGCAUAUAUACAGAGGUGUCCUCAACAGCUUUCCUGAUAUCCUUUCAACGCAUAAAGGAGCAAUGCAAAAGCGCAAAGAAUGUGAACGUUUGACCGCUGAGCAAAAGAUGAGCAAUGCCCAAAUGGCCGAGGUAAAUCGUCGUACCGAUGUUAUUUCCUACGCUGUAAUGGCUGAAAUGUCGCAUUUUAAACAAGAGCGUGACACACAUCUGAAACAAGCGCUAAAAUCUUUUAUUGAGGAACAAAUUAAGUUUUAUUCCAACGUAGUUAGUAGACUGCAAGAAGCACACCGUCAGUUUGACUAAUUUGCUAAUCGCUGUUCCCUGAACCCUAGCCGCUUUGUACUGCUUUAGUGUGUGUGAGAUCACCAUGAAACCAACAAUAGAAACACAGCACAACAAAUAUCCAAAACAAGUCUCAUAUCUUCAUUAAAUUCUAAUUGCAACGGCGAAAACUUAAGUGCCCCAGCUGCAAAGAGUCAAAUGUUAGUACUAUUUUCUGUGAAGAAUGAUAUGCAAGUAUGCUUGCAUGUAUUGUUGAGGCAUUAUUAACGCAAUUAUUAAGAAUAAUCUAUUUUCUAUUCAUAUAGCAGGGUUUAUUUUGUUAUGCAAAUAAAAGUUGUAUGCAAUUUUAUAUAAAAAGUGAUCAUGUUGGCAUAUCCAUAACAGUAGUGCAAUCAUUUGAUGUACAGUUAUUUAUAGUGAUUUAAUUUUUACGUGCAUUUACGACUUGGGUACUUUGGUUUUCGAUCGGCUCAAUUAACUGUAUUUGUUUCAUUUAUAGUAUUUUAUAUAUUGUGAAUAUUAUCUAAUUUGAGCGUACUAAAGUGUUAAAUAUUAUAUAUUUUAUAUGCAAAUAUACAAGUUUACACAAAAUAUAA